AUGAACCCGUACCACAGCUUGGUCACUAACACCUUUCAGCCUACGGUCCUUGUCCUCUCCACCCUUGACGCCCAAGCACUGGCCUCUGCCUCCUCGCUGGCUCUUGCUGACCUCUUUGCCCCCUUUGGCGCAUGCCUGCCCUCGCUGACCGGUCCCGUCACCACGGGCAACCUCAAUGGCCAGACGUAUGACAUGCACAACUUCCGCAUUGCCUUUCGUCCGCUCGAGUGGAUGCAGACCCUUCCCACAGAAGCCCUUGCUGACCUUCUUGCUGCUCGCGUCGACUCCAAGCACAAGCCUGACCUGCCCGACGAUGUUCCUCCGCCGCCCGAGCUCUCCACCCCAGACUCGGUCGCCUCGUACCUCAACUACUACGCUUCUGCUCGCCAGCGCCCGCCUCCGAGCCCAUACAUGACUGCCGGCACGUCCGGGUCGGCAACAGCCGGUAGCGCGCCGUUGUCGUCGGCGGCGGGGUCGUCGGGCGCCGGCGUCUCGCCGACUCCGUGGUACGAUGCGUACCACCAGACGCUGGCCGACGCGCUCCGUGGCUCGGAGCACGAGUCGUUUGACCAUCCGGUGGCGUUGCUGCUGGUCUCGACAACCCGGAACCCGACCCCGAUCGAGGCGCUCGCCGGCCUCUACUCGUCGUCGGUCCCGCCGACCAUGUUUGAGAACGGGGCCAUGGACCCGAACCUCACCGCCUUUCGCCUCAUUCUGCACGAAGAAGAGUGGGAGGCGCCAUGCUCGGGCAACCCUGAGACUACGCCGGCGACUGUUCACGCCCGCAUGGCCUCGCUCUACUCGCAGUCGAAUUUUGCGCUGGUGAGAGUGUCGACCGGCGGCGACGCCGGCCCGGCCCUCCCGCCCCGGUUUUGGGCAUCCGGCCGCCCAUCGACCUUUGCUUUUCCGGCCGACGCACCUGCACCCGGUGCGCUGCUCGGGCCGGCCGACAUCGACGCGCUCGCGCAGUUUGUCACCAACUUUGCGGUCAACUUUCUGGUGCCGCUUAUGCGACGCAAGGUCCACGCGCUCCACGAACGGGUUGCCGUCUCGCGUAAGGGCUUCAAGUGGUCCAAGUGGUUCAAGUCAUCCAAGUCGCCCGAGAAGGACGGCCCGCUGCCCAACGCCGCCGCAGGCCCGCCGUUCAUCUUUCACUACAAGUCGCCGGGCGCGCAGCUCCGAGUCCUCGCCGACCUCGCCUUUCUCCUGCAAGACUAUCCGCUGGCGGCGUCGGUCUACUCGCUCGCGCUCGACGAGUACCGCAAGGAGUCGGCGUGGCGGUACUACGCCGGCGCCCAGGAGGCCCUCGGCCUUGCCACUCUCUUCUACGACGCCUCGCACAAGGACGUCAACAGCUCGAUCGGUUCGGCAGUUGUUAUCUACCACAAGACCGGGUACUACGCCAACGCCAAACGCGCGCUCUACUUGCACUACAAGCUCUGGCGCGAGCGGCGGGCCUUUAUUCCGGCAGCCCACUGCGUCAUGCAGAUGACGGCGUCGCAGAAUAACCCGCUGUUUGUUGCGCUCUCGCUCGAGCAAGUCGCGCACUGCUUCCUCGCCGUCUUUCCCACCACCAAGCUCCGCAAGUUUGUCAUGUACGCCAUGAUGGCCGCCAACCGCUUUGCCGACGCCGGGCAGGCCUCACACGCGCUCCGCCUCUACACCACCCUCCUCCGCAUCGAGAGCGCCGCCGCCGCCGGCUGGCUUCGCUCGCACGACACGCUGCGGUACAACGUGGCCCGGCUGACGUUCAAGCUCGGCGACCGCGACGGCUCUGUUGAUGCCAUGGGCCCCAUGCUCGCCUCGUCGGUCCAGUCGCCGACCGUGCAGGCCACCUACCUCAACAACUACAUCCGAGUGGUGCAGGGCGCUAACUCGGCGCUGGGCGACGCCGCGCCCGAGGCCCGUGACCUCCCGUUGCCGCGGCUCGACGAGGCCUCGCUCCGGGUGCUCUCGCCGUACUCGCGCCCGCCACCGGCCGCGCUCGCGUACGCAUUUGCCGCUCUUCACACCCCGCACGACUUUGCCUCGCCUAACGCGUGGUGGCGCUCGUUUGAGGACGAGCUCCUCCGCGCCGGCACCGUCCGUGGUGCGCCGCGCAACAACGCCUGGUCCGUCCCGCACCACGACAACAUCCACGUCAUCGGCGAGACCAUCGCGGUCGAGCUCGAGCUGGUCAAUCCGCUGGCGGUCCAGCUGGUGCUCUCGAGCCUGCGGCUGACGGCGACGCCGGCCGAGGCCUACACCGCCACGUCGGUCGAGCUCACGCUCGGGGCCAACGAGCGACGCAAGCUCACGCUGAGCCUGGUGCCCAACUCGGUCGGCAACCUUGCGCUCACCGGCCUGCGGUUCUCGCUCAACUCGGCCAUCGAGGGCCGGGUCGCCUUCUCUGGCCGCGGCCCGCGCCUGUUCAAGACCGUCGCCGACCGGACUUCGGUCAGUUAUGCGCCCGACGCGCGGCUCGCCCUCGACGUCGUCCCGCCGCUGCCGUGCCUGGCGGUCACUGCGCCCGACGGUGUGACUGCGCCGGUCGCUCCGCCCACGGUCCCCAAUCAUGCUGUUGUCACCAUUCCGCUGCGGUUGACCAACACCGGGCAGCGCCCGCUCAGUUACAUGCGCGCAAAGUGCUCGGUGCCGGGCGCAGCCGUCUUUGAGCCGGACUCGGGGCUGGGCGUCUUGCACACCGACGCCUUUGACGGCUCGCUGAUGUACUUUGACGGGUGUGGUGGGGACGGCAGCGGAGCAGGCUUGGAGCUCGCGCCCGGUGAGUCGCGCGAGCUCACGCUCCGUCUCAAGUUCUCGGGCCAUCUCGGGACGCGCGACGUCCAUGUCCUGUUCUACUACACCGGACCGGCAAAUGACGAAGCGACCGAGUCUGGCCUCUACCGCUUUGCUCGGCUGUACUUUACUACCAACGUGGUGCCAUCGCUCCGCUGCCGCGGGCAUGUGCUUGACUCGCCGGCAUCACCCACCGCGCUGCUGUAUGCGCUGUCGGUCGACAACCUGCUCCGCUCGCCGGUUGUGGUCACCGACGUCACCUUUGUCGCCGCCGGCAUGCGCUUCACCCGCGCAAGCGGUGCCGACGCCGACGAGGCGGCGCCGGUCGUCCCGUCGCGCGGCUCGGUGACACUCCACUACCACGUGACGGUCGCGCCCGACGCGGCCGACGCGGUGCCGGUGCCCACGGCACUGGCGCUGGCGCAGCCGGACGCGGACACCAGCAGUCUGCUCUCGGCCUCGCCUGCAGCUAUGGGCUUCCUCUCGCAUGCGCGCAAUGUGGCGAGCACCCACUUUGCGCCUCUCUCGGUCCACGCGCUGGUGGCGUGGAACGUGGCGGCGCCGAACCCGCCGCCAACCAUCCAUGGCCUGGCGAUCCUGCCGCCGGCGUCGGUGCUCUCGCUUGGGCACCCGCUGCCGCGGGUCCCAGGUACUCCUGCUGCCAGCGGUGCGGCGCCGAGCGAGCACGUCGCCGAGGUCGACGAGUCGCGCGCAGUCGACCCGGCCGUCAUCGUCCGGCACGUUCUUCUCGGCCCGGAGCAGCGGGUCUACCACGACUUUGGCGCCUCGCCGCUCGCCCUGGUCGACCUCACGCUCACAAUCACCAACCUCUCGCUGGCGACGCCUGCCAGCGCGCGGUUCGUCCCGGCCCACACCACGGUGCCGUGGAUGUGGCUCGGCGCCGCGCACAACAAGGCCAUCAAUCUCGCGCCGCGGGCCACAGCCACCGUCGCCCUCCACGUCGCCUUUUCCUCGCCCGGCUCGUACAACGUCGCCUCGCACAGCCUCGCUGUCCAGCUCGGCGACCGGACCGCCCGCCUCGAGCCGACCUUUGCCACAUGGAUCCAUGUCGAGCACCGCUCAGCCAUCGUCCGGCGGCCGCUUCCCGCCGCCCCCGAGCCGGUCGGGGCUGAGCCUGAGCCAGAGCCUGAGCCUGAGGUUGACGCUGAGCCUGAGGGCGAGGUUAGCGUCGCCACAGACACCGCCCCCAUCGCCGAUCCUGAACCUACCCCCGAGCCCGCCGAGCCUGAGGUCGAGGUUAGCGUCGCCACGGACACCGCCCCCAUCACCGAUCCGGAACCUACCCCCGAGCCCGCCGAGCCUGAGGUCAAGGUUGGCGUCGCCACGGACACCGCCCCCAUCGCCGAUCCGGAACCUACCCGCGAGCCCGCCGAGCCCUCCCCCGAACCCGCCGAGCCCUCCGAGACAGAGACCAUGUAA